AUCCAAAAUGCUAAAACUAAUUGAAAACGCUCUUCUCAAACAAAGCCUAAUUCUAAAAAUGUUAUAAUAGUAUUUUCAAAAUGCUAACACUAAUCUCAUUCUAAUUUGAUUCAUUCCCAAUUUCCUAAACCCAUAAAUCUCCGCCCCCCGCGUUUUCAUCAUCCAACCCAUCAUUCCAUUCUUGUCUUCCAUUGACGAACUCGUCAUCAUCAUCUUCUUCUUCGUCUUCUUUCUCCCAUUCGACAGAAAAAUGGGCAGUGGCAAGACCAGAUGGAAGCUCUCCUUUCUCAGAAAGCAGCAUCUUCUCGUCGCCGUCCCCGACGAGUUCACCUGCCCCAUCUCCCGCUCUCUCAUGGCCGACCCUGUCGUCGUCGCCUCCGGCCACACCUUCGAGCGAAACUGCGCUCUCGCCUGCAAGUCUCUCUCCUUCUCCCCCACUCUCCGCGAUGGGUCCGCCCCCGAUUUCUCCGCCGUUAUCCCCAAUUUGGCCCUCAGGACCGCCAUUCUCAACUGGUGCCGCUCUUCUCUCGUCGAUUCUCCCAGCCCCGUCGAUUUUCUCUCGGCCCAGAAGCUCGUCCGUGCUCUCAUGGCCGCUCAGAGCGCCAUCUCUCGUCCUUGCCUGGUUUCGAAGACGUUCAGCGAAUCGCAGUCUGUGUGUGACCGGACGCCCAGUCUGCUGUCCACCACGAGUUCCGAGGAAUCUGCUGCGGCGGCGGCCUCACGGACGGCGUGUUACUCGUCUUCCCCGGAGUUGGAAGCCCUCCACGCCAAUUCUCUGGAAGAAGACGAGAUUGUAGCGAAGCUGAGGAGCCCCAUUGUUUCCGAACAAGAAGAUGCGGUGAUACUGCUCCGGGAUCUGACCCGAACCCGGGAGGAAAAGCGGAUCCAGCUCGGCACCCCAAGAUUACUCGCCGCUCUCCGGCCACACAUCACCUCCAGAUGCGCGGCCGUCCAGGUCAACGCUGUGGCGGCGCUGGUGAACCUCUCCUUGGACAGCCAAAACAAGGUCAGAAUCGUCCGCUCCGGGAUCGUCCCGCCGCUGGUCGACGCCCUGAAGGGCGGUUCCCCUGAAUCGCAGGACCACGCCGCCGGCGCGCUCUUCAGCUUAGCCCUAGAGGACCACAACAAGACGGCAAUCGGCGUCCUCGGAGCUCUCCCUCCGCUCCUCCACUCCCUCCGAUCCGAAUCGGAACGGACCCGACACGACGCCGUUCUGGCCCUCUACCAUCUCUCCACAGUGCAAAGCAACCGGGCCAAACUCGUGAAACUCGGGUCGGUUCCGUCCCUAAUCGGUAUGGUGAAAUCGGGUCACAUGACCGGCCGGAUCCUCCUGAUUCUGUGUAACCUAGCCGGCAGCCCGGAAGGGCGGGCGGCGCUGCUGGACGGCGGCGCAGUGGACUGCUUCGUCGGCAUUCUAAAACAGGGCGAGUCCGAACCAGACUCCAUCCGAGAGAGCUGCGUUUCUGCACUGUACGGGCUCAGCCAUGGCGGGUUGAGGUUUAAGGGUUUGGCAAAGGAAGCAGGAGCAGAGGAAGUGUUGGUGAGGGCGGAAGAAACCGGAAGCGAACGGGUCGGGUCAAAGGCAAAGAGGGUAUUGGAGGUUCUGAGAAAGAAGGAUGAAGAAGAAGAAGUGGACUGGGAAGAAUUGCUGAACUCUAAUGGCGACGAAGACGAUGAAGAGAUCAAAACACGGUACUCCCGUUGAUUAUAGUUUUUUUGAUCUGUUCUUGAAUAUGGAUUGUAAUUAUCAUCCGGGUUUUUUCCAUCUUCGGAUUUAGAACUGUAAAUAAAGAUUCCAAAGAAGA